GCCGGUCGGCUGCGUCUCGAUGGCGGGUAGUGCCGUGCGCCUGCCAGUCCCUCACGCUUUUCCUCUGCAGCGAGAGGUGAUUGGGUAGUGCUGCUGCGCGGCCUUUCUCUCCGCAGGAGGUGGGGGGAGCGCGCUCUACUGUUCGACUACCGUUGCCGCGAAGGGACAUGUGACCGGGGAGCGGGCUCGGAGUAUAACGCACUGUGGAAGCGGCCUGCUUCUUCCUCCUCUUCCUGUCUUCGCGCGAGGCCUUCAACCCGGAGAUAUCAUACGCGCCACGGAGGCGCCGAGGACCAGAGUCUCCAUGUUGAGGCCGCAGUAACGGAGCCGACUUGCCUCGUUCGCUCUCUCGUUCGCCGCGAGGUGCCCCCAGGUUGUGUUUCUUAAGCAGAAAUGAAGAAUAAAAAGCAAUAUAUGCAAAAUGCUGGUGAUGAUAAACAUGAAGACACAGAAGGUGAAGAGAGUGGAGAAAACUGUUCCUGUUCUUCUAGCAUUUUAUCUGAUGAAGAUGAUAGGUGUCCGAUUUGUCUUAACUGUCUGGCAGAGCAGGAAGUUGGUUGUCCUGAAAACUGCAGUCAUAUCUUCUGCAUGACUUGCAUCCUUAAAUGGGCUGAAACUAGGGCUUCAUGUCCAGUUGACCGCAAACAGUUCCAAGCUGUAUAUAAACUAAAUGCAUUGGAAGACUGCAUAAAGGUUCAGAUAAAGCAACAAGUAAGCAAAAAAGAUGACCUACAUAGCUGUAGUGAGGGCAAGUACUGCCCUAUGAAAAUGAAAAACUGCACAAGAAAAAAGGAAAAUGCAGACAGAAGAGCUUCAGCAGCAAACUCCUGUAAAGGCUGGAACCAAAAACACAAUUCUUCAAAUGAGGAAGAAAAUAAAAAUUCUGUGAAGAAAAGCAAGCCCAGAAGACAGACCUGCUCAAACAGAUUCUUCAGAAGUAACUUCUGUGAUAGAUUUUCUUCUAAUAGUAGUUUCCCUGGCGAAUCUUCUAAUUAUCAAAAUGAGUGUAUAGAGAUCAGCAAAAUUGACACAGUCAUUGAACACAAGAGAAGAGAAUUGGAGCUGUCAUGUUCUGUGCUAGCUAGAGUGGCAAGAAUCCCUUCCAUAUCCUGUGAAACAGAAAUGGCAACCUGUCUUCUGGUUUCCACUGUUAUGGUGGGAGCUGUCUUUUCAAUAAGUACUACGCCUUUGGAAAACUUUGGAACUUCAAAAAAGGGGCAUGUUGUUACAUAUGUCCAGGAAGGAGAGGAGAAAAAGCAAACUUCUGGUACAGCUGGCACAAGAGGAACAAGAAGAAAGGUUUCAGAUACUACUCCCAGGCGAAGAUCUGCCCGGAACGCUAAAUCAGAAACUUCAAGUCAGUCUCAGAGUUCACCAAAAUCAAGCAAUUCUGGAUAUGAGGCUAGUGGUGAUGGUAGCUCAUUUGUGAAUUCUUCUUGUGCAGAAUCUGAGAAAUUACCUCCAAAACGGAAGGGUAAAAGAGGAGUUAAACAACAGGAACCUGUAGUUAAAAAGAAACUCAGGAGUUCUGGACGUUAUGGGAAAACAUCUGGUGAUUUAGUAGAACCUGAUGAAUCCGAUGAGACUGAGAUAACUCUGCUACUGGAUAAAGGCAGUUUACCAGACAGUGAAAAUAGCACCUCUGGCUUUAGUCACAAAAAUGAUAUAGAAACACAGUCGGCCAAUGGCUUGGAAAACUCCAAGGACUGUGUAGAAUGUAAAGAGGAGUCUACAAAAGAGCCUGCAGAACAUCAGGAUGCUUCAGACAUCUUAAACGCUAGUUCCUGUGUUGAAGAUCCUCCUUUGCUCAUCGUAGAGGGAGAUGUUGGUUCAUAUGCCCAAGAUCCUCCUUUACUCACUCUAGAGGGAGACAUUGAAAAAUGUGAAGUAAAAGAUGACACUGUGUUUGAAAAUAAGACGUAUUAUAAAAAUGAUAUUGAACAAGUAGACCAACCUUUACAAGUUCCUAAAGAAGAAUUGUUUGACAAUGUAGUAACACUUGCACAUCAGCCUCAGGAAUUAGAUAGUCCUACAACUGAAUUGCCAGUGAAACUGGAACCUGUGACAAUAAGAGAAAGGCCUUUAGAUAGUCCUGGGGAUGAAUUGCUGGAGAAAUCAGAAUGCGUGUCAAUAGCAGAUGAUAUGUUGGCAGUUCCUGAAAAUGAAUUGCUAGGAGGAACAGAAUCUGUAGCAAUAGCAGACAAACCAUUCUCUGGUCCUGAAGAUGCAUUCCUGGAAGAACUGGAACCUGUGGCAAUAGCAGAAGAGCCAGUGGCUGGUCCUAGAAAUGAGUUGUUAAGGGAACCAGAAUCUUUGGCAAUAGGUGGGUUGUUGGAGAGGCCUAAUGAUGAAAUGUCAGAGGGGCCAUUGCCUGGUCAUUCCUCUGGGAAUGAAUUGUUAGAAGGAAUAGAACCUGAGACAGUAGCUGAAGAACCAUUAGAUAAUACUGCAAACAAAUCACAGGAACUUCCAGUGUCAUUAGAGAUGAAAGAUGCUAAAACUGAAGAAGAAAAAGAAGCAAAUAUCCAUGCAGAUAAUGAAAAUCUAAAAAGUACUGAUUUAUCAAUAAAUGUUUUUUCAGAAGAUAAAUGUAAUCAGUCAUUAGAAAAGGCUAGAGAAGAAUCUGGAAGUAGUACGCAAGAUAUUAAACACUUGAGCGAAGAUGACAAUGAGAUAGUAGCUAUGGAAUGCGACUCAUUUAGCAGUGACCAGAAUGAAUCACGGAUAGACCAGCCAAUAGUGAGUGAUAUUGUAGAGCAAGAGACAAAUUCUUUGGUACAUGAUACUGAGCAUUCUAUAUCCUUUUCAAGUCCCACUGACAAGAAAGAAGAAACAGAAUGUUCUGCAGAGCUUAAAAAAGAUAAAAAGACUCGAACUAGAAGAUCAAGAUUUCAUUCUCCAUCGACAACUUGGUCUCCGUCCAAAAGAGAGGGGAAAAGAUCUCAAUCUCCAUCUCCCAAAAGGGAGAUUGUGCCUGAAGGCAGGAUGCCUCGUUCUCCUAAAAGGGAUACUUCCAAAGAAAGGCAAAGAUCUCUAUCACACUCACCAAAAAGAGAUCCUGUGACAGAAAGGCGGAGAUCUCUAUCAGGUUCUCCAAAAAGAGUUGAUCUUGUGACAGAAGGGAGAUCUCCAUCCCAUUCCCCUAAAAGGGAUCCUCUAAAAGAAGUGAAGAGAUCUCCAUCUGGUUCUCCUAAAAGGGAUCCUCUGAGAGAAGGGAAGAGAUCUCCAUCCGGUUCUCCUAAAAGGGAUCCUCUGAGAGAAGGAAGGAAAUCUUCUCGGACACGGGCUAAGGAAUCUUCUCCAAGGCACAAAUGUAGAUCUCAAAGCAGGGAAAGAGAUAGUGAUAAAGAUGGGCUAAGAAGAGAUCAUGAAAGAGAGAGUAGGAGGAGGAGAUGGUCACAGUCACGAUCAAGAUCUCGAUCUAGGUCCAGAUCCAGGCCAAGGAGUAAAGGCCCUUCAUUCCCUAGAAAUGAAAGGGAUGGUUAUUCACCUCCCAAAUGGAAAGAACGGUGGACAAAUGAUAGCUGGAGAAGUCCCAGAGGAAACGAUAGGUAUAAAAGAAAUGAGCAGGAGAAACAGACAGAGAGUAUGAAAAGAGAGAGGGACAGUACAAGCAAAGAUAAUGAAAAGCAAAGUUCUUCUGACCAGUAUAGGAAAGAUUAUCCAGACUGGGUAAUGGAAAGGAUAAAUUCAGUUCCAGAAAUGAGGAACAGAGAGAGGGAAAAUUUAAAAAGUCAACAGUGGGAAGAAAAUAGGCACAAUAAUUCAGGACCUCCAUGGAAUAGAAACUUUGGAUCUGGUUGGAAUUCAAAUCGUGGCAGGGGGGCCCGUGGUAGAGGUGGCCGAAGCAGAGGUGGCUUUACGUAUGGAGACCAGACUGAAAAUCGCUGGCAAGCUAGGAAGCCCCACUCAGGAAAUGCAAAUAGUUCUGGAAGUGAAAGUUCCAGAUUUCCAGAGCAUCAGCCAUAUAAACGUAAGGCAGAACAAGACUUCUCUUUUGAUACACCUGCUGAUAGGUCUGGGUGGACAUCUGCAUCAAGCUGGGCUGUAAGAAAGACUUUACCAGCAGAUGUACAGAAUUAUUAUUCAAGGAGAGGAAGAAAUUCUUCAAGCCCACAAUCUUCAUGGACAAAACAAGAAGAAGUAGCUCCUGAACAAGAUCCAAACUUCAAAGACCAAGCCGGCCAACAAGGUGACAUUUCUCAACUACCAAUAAAUGUACUGCAGCCUCAAAUGAAUGUAAAUACACAACAUCAGCCAAUGAGUAUCUUUCCAUAUCCAAUGGGUGUUCCUACUCCAAUUAUGAACAUUCAGCACAAUCCGUUUAACCUUCCUCCACCGGUGCCCAUGCAUCUUCAUACAGGAGUGCCUCUUGUCCAGGUAGCCGCUUCAUCCAAUGUGUCUCAGGGACCACCUCCUCCUCCUCCACCUCCUCCACCAUCGCAGCAGAUUAACUAUGUUGCUUCCCAACUGGAUGGAAAGCAGUUGCAGGCUAUUCCUAGUACUUCCCAUGUUGCCAACAACAUGAGUACAACUCACUUGCCUGCUCCAGCAGCCACCCUGGGAAGCGUGGAAACGUUUCAGGGACCAAGUUCUGGUAAUGCAACAUCGUCAAGUAACAUCAAAUCCUCUAAUGCCGCUGUAAAAUUGGCUGAAAGCAAAGUAAGUGUAACGGUGGAAGCCAGCGCAGAUAGCUCGAAGAAAGACCAGAAACUGCUAAUUCAGGAAAGAGCUGCCCAAGAAGUGAAACUGGCUAUUAAGCCUUUCUAUCAAAAUAAAGACAUUACUAAAGAAGAAUAUAAAGAGAUUGUAAGAAAAGCUGUAGAUAAAGUUUGUCAUAGCAAGAGUGGGGAAGUAAAUGCUGCAAAAGUGGCAAAUUUGGUAAAAGCUUAUGUGGACAAAUACAAACAUUCACGGAAGAAAAAUCCAGAAGAGGCCAUUUGUGUGGAAAGGAAAUAAGUGUAGACUGAAAAUGCCAUCAAGAUGUCUGCAAAGUGCAAUUUUGACAUGGACUAUUAACUAAAAAUAGUGGUUGAAAUCUGAUUUUGAUAAAAUUAUUUUUCAAUAUAGUGUAUAAUGUUUUGUUAUAAAUAAAUAUAGAUUAAUGCUGCAACUUCUUUAUCCUUUUGCAAAAGGAUAUGUAAAGAGAAACUAAAAGGAAAAAAGGAGAGUGCCCCUCUUACUAGUAAUAUACAGUUGUGUUGAAUGCCACAUGUACAGCAUUUUGGUUCAAACAGUAGUGUGUAGACACAAAUGUUUGUCAAAAUACAGUGAUUUGGACAGAUAUGUACAAUAUAUGUAAAUCAGUCAGGAAAAGAUUCAGGGCAGAUUUUUCAUUGAUCCUCCUGCCACUGCCCCCCCCUUUCAAGUAUAGUAAAAUAAUGUGUUUUGCCUCAAUUUGCAGGCUUAAAAUAUGUGUUUCAAAAGCACACUGUGUCUGAGCAGAACAACUCUUCAAAUAACACCAAACAGUAAAUCUGCAAAAAUAAAUUGUGUUGCCUAAAAUCAUGGGUGUAGUAUUCCUAUUGGAACACCAAAUAAAGGCUAUGAUGCUACUUGUUUUGUGGCUUUUCAGUUCUUGUUUUGAGUUGUUAGAUUAAAACCAAGUUUAGUUGUAGAUGGUAUGGUGCAGGCAACCAAAACUAGCGCUUAAUGCUAAACCUAGUUUGGGGAAAUGAACUUUGGAGUACUACUGUGAGUUUGAAAGGUAUUCUGUGCUUGAUUUUUGUAUCGGGAUCUUAAUUGCCUAACUUAAAUUUUGUCUGGUAUUGUUCAAUACAGUACUUUUUUUUUAAUCUUCCAACACCUUGAGAGAAACGUUUUGCUCAGUAUAACAGGUGAGUUGUGUAAACAAUAGCCUUAGUCAUAUUACCUGUGGCAUAGUGUUACCAGUUUUGGUCCAGUGUAAGCAGCUGUAUGUAUUAGGCAUGUGAAGUAAAAGCAGAAUACUAUGUAACAAGGAUUCUAUCAUGAUGAAGGCUGCAUAAUAGAUUGCCAAGCUCAUUCCAUUAUGACCUCACACUAGUAUAAUGCAUGAGGCAGAGUCUUAUACAGAAUCUUGUAUUUGAGUUGAUCGUAAGUAUUAUACAAUGGAAUACAGUAAAGCUAGUGUAAUUACUACAUAGGGAAUCAUGAUGCAUAUUGCAGUUUACUUUCAAUGCUUUGGUUGGACUUGUACUGAUGCUUCCAGGGCAUAGAGAAGUUACCACUAGCUCCUUUUAGAGGUAAUGAAAGAUUAAGGAAAUAAAGGGGCCUUGGUUUAAUAUUCCUUUGAAACAAAGUGCUAUUACAGUGCAAUUAAUCUUCCCAGUGUUUCAUUGCAGUGACUAUGAUGCAUACCAUGCUUUGGUAUACAGGUUAGUUGCAUGUUUAAACAGCUGAAACCAACCAUUUAGCCACAUGUUCCUGAGAACACUCCCACUGGUGGCAGGCUCCACAGAAGGCCCAAGGCUGAUAAUGAAUCCAGGAAUAUGGAACACCCCAAUGUCAAAAUAACUAAUUCACUUUAUUACUUUGCAGACAGUGAACUGUUUGUAUUUUGUGUGUAACUAAAGAUAAUAUUUAUCUUCCGGAGUCUUUUUAGUGUGAAUACAUUUUUUUUUUUACAGUCAAACACUAUGUUUAGACUUCUGAAAAAAGUUUGUGUUAGACUAGUAGAUAUUUUAAUGAUAUUUCAAUCUAAUUUUAGCCAAAAACUGGCUGGCACUUCUUCAAAAAAAUACUGUAGCAAAUUACAAUGCCAAUUCUGUUUAAUCGCACCAUGUGUAUUUAUACUUAUUAUAUUCUCCUAGCUAUUGAAGUUGAACUUUGGGGUGUGAGUACCUUUACUAGAUACAGGUUCAGUGCAGAUGUAAUAUUUCUUGAUCUUUGUGGAGCUCAGAAUCUGCUUCUCUCUAUCUUACCCUCGGACUUGAUUCUUCUUCACUUUUCCUUUUUCACUACUAAUUAUGCUAUUAUGUCUUCACCAGGUUGAAUAUGAAUCAUGGUAAUAUGCUUUACACUUGAGUUGGAGACUUACCUCUAACCACGAUGUCCAGCUAUCAUUCAUGUUCAACUUGGUAACAAUAACCAGAGUUAGUGCUGAAGAGGGAAGGGAGGGAGGAAUUCAAGCAGGAGACGGGGAAGAGCAGUGCCUGAGGCAUUACCAGUCUCAGCACAGUGGUAAAGAGAUUCUCCGCACCAAGCCACAGUUGAUCCUUCAUCAUAAUGCUCCUGUCAGGAAAUCUUUUCCUAAGACAAGCUUAAUGGCAUGAAGGAUUAAGAUACUCCUUCUUACAUGCGUAGGAAAUUUGCUUACUAUUUUUGUUACCGCGCUCCUGCAUAGUUUUAAAGUGAAACUUCAUUGUUUGCAGUCCUAAUGAAGAAUAUUGACUAGUAUGCAAGCUCUGUUCACAUAAAUAUUUUAAAACUUCAUGCCAAAAUAGGCAGUCCUUUUAAUGGUGUGUUCAGAAAUCCAUUGCCCUAGCAUGUAGGCAUGUAGAUCAGAACAGAGUGCACUCAUCUCCUGUUGGAUUAGGCACUGUGGGCAAAGAUGGGCACUGUCUGUUUCACAGUGCACCCGUUGCUGGUUGAAGAACUGAAAGUGUAGCUCUAAUCAAAAAGUUGGUGCUGUAAGUGUUGAUAAGGCAAGUCACUUGCUGGGGACAGACUGAUUACAUCUAGCCCUCCCCAUCCUUAUGUCAAUACUGAAAUGCUAGUCUUCCUUGCUCAGCACCUAACUAUUGUUGUGUGAUGUGUGUAUUUAACUGGAUUGGGCCAGUCUACUCUGCCUUUCUGGAAAAAAUUAAGACUUGCUUUUAACAUGAAUACAUGAAGCACGUGCUCUUAAAUAUGUGGGCAUUUAUUUGUUACAAGGCUGCAGUCCUGUGCACACCUACACGGGAGUAAGUCCCAUUGAUUUCAUUCAGUGGGGGUGUCUUGAGUUAAGAUGCAUUGAACCAGCUUGCCAGAGUCAAUUCUGUAUUUCUGUGGCUAUUGACUGAAAUUUGUUGAUUUCUGGGUGUUGUCAUUUUCUAACAGUUUCAGUAAUGCAGAAGGAAACCCAACUGAUCUAAAUUGCUGUGAGAAAAAUUAUGAAUUGGAGCUUUUUAAAAUUGUAUUGGGGAGAGGGUGUCGGUGCAUUGAGCACUCCUUCCAGCCUUUCCAUGUGCAUGUGGCUUAAAUAUGUCAUAAUUUCAAAAAUACAAAAAAAUCAGGAGUACAGUGGCUGAUCUAACUCCAGGCUAUGGUGUCUGUAGCAUAAGGCUGGAAUAAAGUCUACUGAAACAAUAUUCUAAAGAGUUUUAUGUAGUUCAGAAUAUUUUCUAAUAAAUUCUUUUAACUAA